AUGGGCGUUGUGUUCAAAAAUCUUAGUAUUAUCGGCGAAGGUGCCGAUGCAUCUACUAUUCUCAAUUUGAUGAGCCCUUUCAUUGGCCUCGCCAAAAUGCUCAACCCUCUACGAUGGGCCAAGCGCCAAAGAGGUACUGCCUUCGACAUCGUACAUGAUGUCACUGGUUUUGUUGAAGAUGGUGAAAUGCUUCUCGUCCUGGGUCGUCCCGGUGCUGGUUGUUCCAGUUUGCUGCGUGUUCUCGCUAAUUCCAGAAAAGGAUUUUUGAACAUCACGGGCGAUGUGUAUUAUGGAGGUAUUCCUGCACAAGAAUUCGGCAAAUAUCUCGGUGAAGCAAUCUACUGCAUGGAGGAAGAUGCGCAUUAUCCCGAAUUGACUGUUAAGGAAACGCUUGGCUUUGCCUUGAAAAUGAAGACCCCUGCCCAGCGUCUUCCUGGCGUAUCUCGCAAGGAUUUCCAAAAUGACUUUAUGAAUACCCUUUUGACCAUUUUCGGUCUUAAGAAGCAACAAAAUACCGUUGUUGGUAAUGCUUUCGUUCGUGGUCUGUCCGGUGGUGAACGUAAGCGUAUGACGAUCUCGGAGGCUAUGACAGCCAGUAGCGCCGUCGCUGCUUGGGAUUGUCCUACUCGAGGUUUGGACGCCGCCAGUGCGCUUGAUUAUUCCAAGUCUCUUCGUAUUCAAUGCGAUGCUUUGAACAAGACCACCAUCGCUACUUUAUACCAAGCAUCCGACAGCAUCUAUAACCUUUAUGAUAAGGUUAUGCUGAUGUACCUUGGUCGUUGCAUUUUCUUUGGUCCUGCCAACCGUGCAAAGGCUUACUUCAUGGAAAUGGGUUAUACCUGCGAACCCCGCAAGAGUACGCCUGAUUUCCUGACUGGUAUUACCAAUCCCAACGAGCGUAUUGUAGCUGAAGGUUUUGAGGGCAAGGUCCCUGAAACGCCAGAACAAAUGGAAGCUUACUUUUUGCAAUCUCAAGAUUACAAGAAUCUUCAAGAUGCCAUUGCUGCCUACGAAGCUCGUAUUGAAAAGGAACAACCUGCUGCUGAAUUCAAGGAAUACGUCAGAGAAAUCAAGCAAAAGGGUGUCCCUGGCAAGUCCGUGUACUCCGUCAACUUCUACGAACAGGUCAAGGCUUUGACUCUUCGUCAAUUCCAAAUCCUGUGGGGUGAUAAGCAUGCUAUCUAUGAACGUUACGCUUCUGUUCUUAUUCAAGCUUUCAUCUAUGCUUCUGUCUUCUACCAAAUGUCUCUUACCUCUACUGGUGCUUUCCAAAGAGGUGGUGCUCUUCUCUCGUCACUUCUGUUCAACGCUUUCUUGUCUCAAGCUGAAUUGCCUAACGUCUUGGGUGGUCGUAUGACUCUCCAAAAGCACAAGUCGUAUGCAAUGUAUCAUCCCUCCGCUUUCCAUAUUGCUCGUGUCAUUACCGAUAUCCCUAUCAUCUUUGUCCAAUGCUUCAUGUAUACCAUCAUUGUUUACUUCAUGAUGGGCUUUGAUGCUAGAGCUGAUAAGUUCUUCGUCUUCUUGAUCGUGAACGUGUUGACUACUUUGUGUACCACCGAUCUUUUCCGAUUGCUCGGUAACAUCAGUCCUUCCAUUUACGUUGCCUUCCAGCUGACUGGUAUCAUCUUGAUUACUCUCAUCACGUACUGUGGUUUCUCUAUUCCUUAUAAGAAUAUGCACCCAUGGUUGUCUUGGAUUUACUGGAUCGAUCCCUAUGCUUAUGCCUUCAAAGCUUUGUUCACCAACGAAAUGCGCGGAUUGACCUUCCCUUGUGAAGGUGCUGCUGGUCUUGUUCCCUAUGGCCCUACUUACACUGAUCCUGCUCAUCAAGCCUGUACCAUUGUUGGUGCUAAUCCUGGUGAAUUGUUUGUGGUUGGUGAUAGUUUCCUGGAUGUUUCUUAUGGAUAUUUGACUUCUCAAAUGUCCAUUGAUAUCAUUGCUGUGUUCCUCUUCUGGCUUUUCUUUAUCUGCUGUAACAUGAUUGCUAUGGAGAAGAUCACCUGGGUCACUGGAGGUGUCGUCAAGAAGGUUUACAAGGCCGGAAAGGCCCCCAAGCACACUGACGAAGAAGAAUUGAUCCGUCUCAGAGAUGCUCAGGAUGCUUAUGACAAGAUGGGUGAUAACUUUGCUGCUGAGGCUGGUAUCUUUACUUGGAACCACGUCAAUUACCAUGUCCCUGUUGGAAAGAUUCAACUUCAACUUUUGAACGACUGUGAAGGUUGGAUCAAGCCUGGUCAAAUGACUGCUUUGAUGGGUUCUUCGGGUGCUGGUAAAACCACCUUGUUGGAUGUCUUGGCCAAGCGUAAGACUAUGGGUACCAUUGAUGGUGAAAUUUUCUUGAACGGAAAGGCUCUCGCUGCUGAUUUCGAACGUAUCACUGGUUAUGUUGAACAAAUGGAUGUGCAUAAUCCCAAUUUGACCGUCCGUGAAGCUCUUCGUUUCUCUGCCAAGAUGCGCCAACCUCAAGAGGUUCCUCUGGAAGAAAAGUAUGAAUAUGUCGAAACUGUGUUGAAGAUGAUGGAAAUGCAAGAUUUGGGUGAUGCUCUUAUUGGUAUCCUCGAAGCUGGUCAAGGUAUCUCUGUUGAAGAACGCAAGCGUCUUACCAUUGGUAUGGAAUUGGUCGCCAAGCCUCAUAUUCUUUUCUUGGAUGAACCUACUUCCGGUUUGGAUUCUCAAUCCUCUUACAACAUUAUCAAGUUUAUCCGUAAAUUGGCCGACGCUGGUAUGGCUCUGGUCUGUACCAUCCAUCAACCUUCCUCCAUUCUUUUCGAACAUUUCGAUCGUUUGUUGCUUUUGGCUCGUGGUGGUAAGGUCGCCUAUUUCGGAGACAUCGGUGAGAACUCGGCUAUCAUGAACGAAUACUUUGAAGGUAACGGUGCUCGUCACUGCGACCAAUCUGAGAAUCCUGCUGAAUACAUCUUGGAAGUCAUUGGUGCUGGUAUUAACGGAAAGUCCAAGCAAGAUUGGACCGACGUCUGGCGCAACAGCAAGGAAGCUCGUGCCAUCAAGGCUGAGCUUGAAACCCUUAAUGCUGAUGCUGGAAAACACCCUGUGGACACCGAAGCUCGUGAAUUCGCUACUACCACUGCCUAUCAACUUAAGGAAGUUUACAAGCGCAUGAACCUCAUCUGGUGGAGAGAUCCUUACUUCAACAUUGGUCGUAUCUGGCAAGCUUUCUUCAUUGGUAUCUUGAACGGUUUCACUUUCUGGAAGCUUCAACCUACCACCAGUCAACUCCAACUUCGCACUCUUGUUGUUUUCCAAAUCAUUAUCAUGGGUCUUACUCUCGUCUUCUCCAUCCAACCUCAGUUCAUGAUGCAACGUCUCUUCUUCCGUCGUGAUUUUGCUUCCAAAUACUAUGGUUUCGCUGCUUUUGCUUUGGCUAUGAUCUUGGUCGAAAUUCCUUAUAUGUGUGUCGCUGGUGCCGUUGGUUUCCUUCCCCUUUACUGGACUGCUGGUUUGGAAACCACUCAUCUUGAUGGUUUCUAUUUGUAUUUGCUCCUUGUCAUUUUCCUCAUGUUCUCCAUUUCAUUUGGUUUGGCUAUCGCUGCCAUGUUGGAAAGUAUGGCUCAAGCAUCCAUUAUCACUCCCAUUCCAAACACGUUCCUUUUCUUGUUCGCUGGUUUGUUGUCACCUGCAGCUGCCAUGGUGUACUUCUGGAGAGUAUGGAUGUACCCCUUGGAUCCGUACCAUUAUUUCUUGGAAGGUUUCAUUACCACUGUGUUCAAUAACAUGCAAGUACAGUGCAUUGAUUCCGAUUGGAUCUCAUACUCGCCACCCUCUGGCCAAACUUGUGGACAAUACUCCCAAGCAUAUCUCUCGGCCGGUACUGGCUAUCUCAAGGACCCUAAUGCCACUGACCUGUGUCAAUACUGUCAGUACUCAUCAGGUGAAGAAUACUUGAGUGGCUUUGAAUGGACCAUUGCUCACCGUUGGAGAAACUAUGGAUUGAUGUGGGCCUACUGGGUUUUCAACGUCAGUGUCUUCGUGCUGUUCGUAUAUAUCAAUCGCAAGCAAAAGCGAUAA